UUUCUCUUUUCUCUUUUUUUCUUGCCUUGAAAAAAAAUUUUUCAAUAUGCUUUCCUCCAAGGUUAUUUCUAAGCCUACUGUUGCUGCUAUUCAAAAGGUCGCUACUCGUUCAUUUGCCACAGCUACUUCCAUCCCUGUGCCCGCUCCCGCUGAACAAAAGACUAUUUUCCCAAAGAAAUACGGAGGAAAGUACACUGUUACCCUUAUUCCCGGUGACGGUAUUGGUCAAGAAAUCUCUUCUUCUCUUAAGGAUGUUUUCAAGGCUGCCAACGUCCCUGUUGAAUUUGAACAGUAUGAUGUUUCUGGUUUAACCUCUGAAGACGAUAAGCUUUUCCAAGAAUCCAUUGCUUCCCUCCGCCGUAACAAGGUCGGUAUCAAGGGUACUCUCUUCACACCCACCUCCAAGCUCGGACACAAGUCUUUCAACGUCACUAUGCGUAAGGAUCUGGAUAUGUAUGCCUCCUUAUCCCUUGUCAAGAACUUCCCUGGUGUCAAGUCUCGUUUGAGCGAUGUUGAUAUUGCCAUUAUUCGUGAAAACACUGAAGGUGAAUACUCUGGUUUGGAACAUCAGUCUGUCCCUGGUGUUGUUGAAUCCUUAAAGAUCAUCACUCGUACCAAGACUGAACGUAUUGCUCGUUUCGCCUUUGACUUUGCUGUCAAGAACAACCGUAAGAAGGUUACCAUCAUUCACAAAGCUAACAUCAUGAAAUUGGCAGAUGGUCUUUUCUUACGUACAUGUCGCGAUGUUGCAAAGGAAUAUGAACACCACGGUAUUCAAGUUAAUGAUAUGAUCGUCGAUAACACUGCUAUGCAACUUGUUUCUCGUCCUCAACAAUUCGAUGUUAUGGUCAUGCCCAACUUGUAUGGUAACAUCGUUUCCAAUGUUGGUGCUGGUUUGAUUGGUAGUCCCGGUUUGAUCCCUGGUUGUAACAUUGGUCGUGAAUUUGCCAUGUUCGAACCUGGUUGCCGUCACGUUGCUCUCGAUAUCCAAAACCAAAACACCGCUAACCCUACCGCUAUGCUCUUAUCCUCUGUAAUGAUGUUGAGACACUUAAACUUGGAUGAACACGCCAACAGAAUCUCUGCCGCUGUUUACGAAACCAUUCAAUCUGGUGUUGCCAGAACCAUCGAUAUUGGAGGAACAAGCACCACUAAGGAAUUCACCAACGCUGUUAUUAAACAAUUGUAAAUCCUCUCUCUCCAUACACCCAAGCUAUACUAGAUUGUUAUUAAAUUAUAUUUUUAAAAAUAAAACCUUGUCAAUCCCAAUGUUUAUUGAGCAAUGUAUCAAUACAAUGCGACUGGUAAAUGUUGCCAUUUUGAUCAAUGGCGAUGCUCAGUAUUUUAAGAUACAGUUUAUAAAUAUCGGUAGUCUUUUUAAUGGCAGUUGAUUCAAUUGAGGUAGUUCUGAGUGCUCAAUAUAUUCAACCUGACUGCAAAGCAUUAGAAGAUCUGAGAUCCAAGCUUCGUACCACUGUUGAGACUACCUCCAAAAGCACCAGGAA